AUGGAGCUCCUCCGUUCUCCCAGCACUCGGAGCGGCUGCGACGUCGAAGGCACGAACAACGACCACGUGGUUUUCAAGUCGUCGGCCGGAAAGACGCGCGCCGUCCACAAGCUCGCCUCCUCCCGCCUCUUCCCCGCCGUCACCUGCCUCCAGUUUUGCUUCGUCAUCUACGCUACCUUCUUUCUCUACUACAUGAGCCCCUCCGUCGACUUCCGCUCCCGCGCAGACUUCUCCUGGGCCACCCGCAUCGCGCACCAAUGGAAGCACUUAAUCGUCAAACCCAACGCCGUCGCGUCCUCCGCCCUCGCCGCCGACUUCACCCCAGCCGACGUCUGCGAGUCGGAGAGAAUCGAGUUCGUGCAGAAGAAGUCCGACGACGCUGUCAUGAUCAAGCUUAAGCGAGAGCUCUACGACGAGGUGUUGGCGUUCCAGAGCAAAAACGCCGGAACAGAGACUCUGCCGGAGCUGCUUCAGAUGCCGUCCCGGUGGAGCCAGGCGGGGAACAAUUCCCGGAGGGUGACGGUGAUUCUGAACCACUUCAAGCGGAGGACGCUCUGCGCGCAGCUUGACUCGCUGCUUGACCAGACGCUGCCGUUCCACCACUUGUGGGUGCUGUCCUUUGGCAGCCCAAACGAGGCGGUGUUCCGGCGGAUUGUGGAGAGCUACAACCAUUCUAGGAUCAGCUUCAUCAGCUCGAGCUACGACUUCAAGUACUACGGACGGUUCCAGAUGGCGCUGCAGACGGAGUCCGAUUUCGUCUACAUCCUCGACGACGACAUGAUUCCCGGCCGGCGGAUGCUGGAGAUUCUGACGCAUGUCGGGGGGACGGAGAAGUAUAAGAACUCUGUUUUAGGGAGCAUUGGCCGGAUUCUGCCGUUCCGGCAGAAGGACUUCACAUUCCCGAGCUAUCGCAAGUUCCGCUCCAAGGAGGCCGGAUUGUACCUGCCGGAUCCGGCUUACGAUAUCACAGUUGAGAGGAUUGUGCAGGUGGAUUUCUUGUCGAGUUCCUGGUUUUUAUCUGCGGAUUUGGUGAAGACUCUGUUCGUGGAGACGCCGUUCACUUUUAUGACAGGCGAAGAUUUACACCUCAGUUAUCAGCUUCAGAAGUACAGGAACGCAGGCUCCUACGUCCUCCCCGUCGAUCCAAAUGACAAGGAGACAUGGGGCGACAGCGAGCACAGACUGGCCUACGUUUCUGAGACCACCGUCAUCUUCAAGGACGUCGUCCAAGUCCGCGACGAUCAAUGGUGGCGCGCCCUGUCCACCGGCUACGUAACUCAGUGGGCUGCCAUGUACCCGCAAAAGAUAGAUGUCCUCUUCUACGCUCACUCUCCUGACGAAGUGAGAGCACUCGCUCCGCUCCUCGAGAAGUUCCGCACCACUGUCGGAAGGAAAUCCUACAUCGUCGUCUCCGGCGGCAGUUACUGCUCCUGCGAGGAGACAGUCUCUGUUCUCAAGUGGCCCAAGAAUGUAUGCAAGGAAAGAAGGUUCAGGAUCUUUGAUUUACAAGUCGGAGCCAUUUCGGGCGUAUCGAACUCGGAUGUCCCAGUGGUGCAGGCAGUGUACUCGAGCUUGAAGGGGCUUCUCAAGAUUCACAAUCCCAGCUUGCUGAUCGCUGUCGAUGACAUUGAUCAAAAUGUUAAGAAUGCGCUAAAAAAUGCGUGCGAGGGGAGUGCAAACGGGACGUCCCUCGUUCUUCUUCCGAGGCCAGCGGUGCCGAAGGUUCUGUGGAUGGCCGAUCUACGACCCUCAGCAUUGCCGCACUGGAACCGGAUGCGGAUCACCGUGAACAUCAUCACCCAGAACCGCGCCACCUCCCUGCAGCGGCUCCUGCUGUCGCUGCAGAACGCGUACUACCUCGGCGACGAGGUGCGGCUCACCUUCAACAUGGACAGCAAGGUGGACGUAGCGACGCUCCAGCUGGUGCGCUCCUACCCGUGGGCCCAGGGCCCCAAGCAAAUCCGGCGGCGCAUCAUCCAGGGCGGCCUCAUCCGCGCCGUCAGCGAGAGCUGGUACCCGUCGGACGACGACGAGUUCGGCCUCCUCCUCGAGGACGACAUCGAGGUGUCCCCCUACUACUACCUGUGGAUCAAGUACGCCCUCCUCGCCUACCACUACGACCCGCAGGUGUCGCUCCCGGAGCUCUCAUCCAUCUCGCUCUACACCCCGCGACUCAUCGAGGUGGUGAAGGAGCGGCCCAAAUGGAUCGCGACGGAGUUCUUCAAGCAGAUCCACCCCAACACGCCGUACCUGCACCAGCUCCCCUGCAGCUGGGGCUCCGUCUUCUUCCCCAAGCACUGGCGGGAGUUCUACGCCUACAUGGGCGCGCGAUUUACUGAAGACGCGAAGCAGAAUCCCGUGCAGAUCCCCAAGUCGCGGACCAACGGGUGGCAGGCGUCGUGGAAGAAGUUCCUCAUCGACAUGAUGUACCUGCGCGGCUACGUGAGCCUCUACCCCAACUUUCCCAGCCAGGCCAGCUUCUCCACCAACCACAUGGAGCCCGGAGCACACAUCAGCGCCAAGGACAACGCCGUUAAGCACAACAAGGAUGACUUCGAGGUGCCGCUCAUGAGGGACGACUUCACGCGCCUGCUGCCGGCGGGGAAGAUGCCGCCGGCGUCCAGGCUGCCGGUGAUCAAUCUGUUCAACCAGGCGGUGUCUCUGAAGGGGCUGAGGGCGGCGGGGGCUAAGCUGGGACAGGAUGUCAUCAAUUGUACCGAAGUGGAGGUCGUCGGAGUCGAUCAUAGCACGGGCCUACCCGUGAAUUGCACCAAGUUCUGA